CUAGCAGUGUCCAACGAGUUCUGGAGCGUUACGAGCGGGUCUUGCGUGAGCAGAAAUCUGUAGGGAGUAGCGCAACUACAUCGUCGGUUUCGGUUCAGCAGGGUACUCGGAAAACAGCACCAAGAGACUCAAUAUCUAAAGCUUCUCCCCAGCACCAAAAGCAUCAGACCACACCAAAAGUAGACUCGCACCAGGGCAAAUGGAUCACAGGUGGUACCAAAGUCGCAUCUCCGACUUGGACAAAGCAACACAUACAGAAGACGAGGUUCGUCGUGCAUCAGAACCUCCAUAGUUGUAACUCGAACGAAGCUCCUCCGGAGGCGAUUCCUGAUGAAGGAAGCCUUGAAAACGAUAGUGCUGUCUUGUCGAAGAAUGCUCCAGCCAAUGUUGAGGUUUCCGUUUUGUCACAAUUGAAUCCUGACGGAGGCGUAAAUGCUUCGUCGGUUUUGACCUACUCGCAGUCUGAGUUGGCAUUUGCAGAACCUGUGGAAACGCAAAUAACAGAGGCAGACGGAGGAGGAGGGCCUCCCACGUCCACGACAGUACCGAAAGAUGAAUCUAAAAAAGACGCUGCGGAUGAUCCAUCAGCAUUGAUCAUGCGACGUAACGAGAGUGAAAAAGUCGGGAAGCACAAGCAGGCUGAUCAUGCCGACAUAGCCGACGACAUAGCACCGUUUUCUCUCGCUGAAGAAGGCUCGCUAGAUGCGCAGACAGGCAAGUCGUCGUUGAUGCGCACAGCAUCGGAGCAGUUUUCUUUCGUCUUCCGUAGUUUUGUCAAUGAUAGUAUGUUUUCAGCGGGGCAAGAAGAAGAAAAGGGAGCAGAAGCUCGGUUAGACCAGGAAUCUGAGGACGCACAGGAGGAGGAACGAAAAGUGCUCAGGGACGAAGAGUGCUCAGGAGCAAGCAAGUCCCUGUCUCACAAGGAUCAAGUGGUAGACGGAGGAGAAUAUCUGCCUGCUCCGGAGAUGAGCGGAGGCUUUCGUUCCGUGAAAACUGCAGUGCCGACUACUUCUAGCGCAUCGCCCACCAGUGCAAUUUGUAGAAACAACACUGCGUCGCUAGCAGGCAACACUAAUUUGGCUUCACCACCAACGCGGAGUCGUUCUGAGUUUCUAUCCGGUCGUGACAUUUUUCUCAUGAAUUCCGCAGGGAAAAUGGUAAAUAGCAUGCUCUCCCCGAUUCAGCCACUCUCAAGCCGUAGUGAAAACCCGGAACAAGAGCAGCGUCUUGGCGACGUGGAGUCUCUGCGUCGGUUAGAGCCUGCCACAUCUUCUUCCAGUCGUGCGCCAAAAGCAUCUUCUUCCCCUAGUGGAGCACAGCCUGUAAUAUCUUCAAGAGACGAGGAUCAGCUCAACAAGGGUCGUGGUUUUUCGCCACCUGUAGAGGCAUCAAGUUUUGCGCUUGGUUUUGCACCUGUAGAGACAGCAGCACCGUUUUCUCUCGCUGCCAGACGCCCUACCGCGAGUGGAUCUUCUAAUAAUUUCCCGUCACCAUUCUCUGAGGAGGACUGGUCUCAGCGGUCUAGUACGAAGGCGGCCUCGGCAACGCCCUCGCCGAUCGAUCCUUCUAGUUAAGGCUUGAAAGUUGGCAUCUCUAUAAGCAUCUCUAUGGUUUCUCCAAGUAGGAAAGCCAUAGAUAUGCUGGCUAGAGAUGCCAACUUUCAACCCCUAAUCUAGCUUCUUCGGAAAAAGCAAGAGACAGAUUCUGCGCAACGUAUUGUCCUCGUCUGGCGGCAGAGACAGGCCCAGCAACGUCGAUUAAGGCUCGCCCUAUGAUUCAUCUUCUAGAGAAGCAUCUCUUCUAGAGAAGCAUCUCUUCUAGCGAAGCAGCUCUUCUAGCGAAGCAUCUCUUCUAGAGAAGCCUCUUUUUUUCUAGGGAAGCAUCCCAAUGGAAAAACGUGCCAAAAAGAAAAAUUCAAGAUGAAUUUGGGAGAACUCUAAGGUGAGUCCUUUGAACAACGAUCACGCGGCCAGCUGUCGCCAGUACAACCUCGAAGUAGUAGAGUGGGUCCUUCAGCGACUACCUCGAGGAGUCCUGUGUUGAGGAGAGAACAGUCGCCAGGUGAACAGCUCAACAGAUUAGCACAGCACCACCUCCAAUCAUCCCGUACGCCACAACCUGCUUCGUUGCUGCCAGCACCGGACCGUCCGGCCGCCAGCGAUUGGGAAGGUUACACUUUCGAUCGCAUCGUCUGCGAGGUUUAUCCAGCAGCUAAUCCGUCAGUGGAAGCAGCUAUAG